GAGAAAAACUAAAACAAAAAAUUAGCAAAAAAUGUUACCAAUUCUAAAUUCAAGUGUAUUGGUUUUGCUUUUCUAUACAUGAUCAAAUCACUGACCUUUAUAAGCGUACUUUUACUUUUAUUUUGAAAGAAGUGUCGGAUUAUAGCUGGAUUAAACAGACGCCAAUUAAUGAGUAAACUGCUUGAAAAGAUAUUUUUAUUUCGAAUUUUACGCAAUUGUAUAUCCGCUGCAACACCGUACCUCAACAUGGUUCGAUUUUUUCCUAAUCCGUACGAAGAUUACAAAAAAGGAGCGAGCCUGGUUCUGGAUAAGAAUCUGAUAAUCUCGCAAAUAAACGAGCACACUAAAAACAUAACUAAGCGUCUACUGCCGCAGCGUAAAAAUGUGGACGGUGGGCUUUACGUGGGUAUAACCGGCGUUUCUUAUAUGUUUUAUUAUUUGUCGAAAAACCCGUUGUUAUCGUCGAAUAAAAGCAGUUAUAUUGAGAAGGCAGUAGAAUACUUAACCCCAGCUAUAGAGACAUCGGCGGGCGACAAAACGUCUUUCCUUCUCGGAGACGCCGGUACCCACGCACUGGCGGCGGUUUUAAAACGAGAAAUAGGAGACGAGACAUUCUCUGACCAUUUGAAAACUUACAAAUCGCUGUAUGGUCAGUAUUUAAAUCCAAAAUUUUUGAAAUGCGGUGGUGAUGAAUUCUUCGUUGGUCGCGCUGGUUAUUUAGCUGGAGCAUUGUGGGCAUCUCGCGAGUUACAAGCACAGAUAUUUACAAAUGAAGAGCUAUAUAAAAUAUGCGAUGUGAUAAUUGAUUCAGGUCGUGAAUAUUCAAGAAAACAUGGGAGCUCAUGCCCUUUAAUGUACCAUUAUUAUAACACUGAGUAUCUAGGCGCAGCUCAUGGCAUAAGUUUCAUACUACAGAUGUUAUUAUCUGUACCUGGAUAUUUGCAACAUAAUAAAUCAGCUGCAAAUGAUAUUCAAUGUACUGUUGACUUUAUUUUGUCACUGCAGACUGAGGAAGGCAACUGGCCUUGUUGUAUGGAGGAGAUAGGUUUGCCUGAACAUAAACUUCUUCACUGGUGUCAUGGUGCUCCGGGCACUGUGUACCUUAUGGCGAAGGCAUACUUAGUAUUCAAAGAUGAAAAGUUCUGUAAUGCUUGUAUCAAGGCUGGAGAAGUUAUCUGGAAUAAAGGACUGCUUCGUAAGGGUCCUGGAAUAUGUCACGGUGUUGCAGGCAAUGGUUAUGUAUUUCUCGUUUUGUUCAGAUUAACAGGAGAUGAGAAAUAUCUUUAUAGGGCUAACUCAUUUGCUGCCUUUAUGAGUACUGAUGAGUUUCUGAGGGAUGCCAGGCUUCCUGAUAAUCCAGAGAGUCUGUAUGAAGGAACAGCUGGAACUGUAUGCUUUUUAGCUGAUCUUUUGGUACCGGAUAAUGCAGCAUUUCCAUUUCAAGAUGUAUAUUAUUAGUGUGAAACUAAAACUAAUUACAAUAGGUACUAAAACUAAUUAUUUGCA